AUGGCUUUGCCCGUGGCAGGAGCCGUGGCAGGCGCUGCUGCAAUUGCUUCUUAUCUGGAUGCCAAGUAUCACAUCCGCCAUGAUGUUCGCCUGGGUAGAAACGUCGGCGCGAUGGAUAGGGUCAUCAAGUUCGUUGGCGAGAAGGCCGCCAACGAAAAGAUGACCGUUUACAGCUAUUUCGAGGACCGUGUGGGCACGCCCGAGGGCGACUAUACAUUCCUCAUCUUUGAGGGCAAGGAGUGGACUUACACUGAAUUCUUCAACGCCGUUCAGCCAAUCGGUAACUGGCUCUUGAAAGAUCUCGGCGUCAAGAAGGGUGAGAUGGUCGCGCUUGAUGGACCAAACUCGCCAGAGUGGCUCAUGCUCUGGCUCGCAGUGGAAGGAAUCGGAGCAACGUCUGCCUUUAUCAACCAUAACUUGACAGCUACAUCUCUGAAACAUUCUGUUGAACUCGGGAAACCGAGAUUUCUUCUCGCGGAUGCAACCAUCACCAAUCUCGUUUCUCCAAUUGAGGCGGGCCUGGAGGCUUCUGGAAUUAAAACUCUUUACUACUCACCAGAGUUUCUUCAGUCUUUCAAAGACACCGAGAAUCUUCCCAAAGAGCUGCGUCAAAAGAUUAGUCCACUUGCAGUCUCAUGCCUAAUCUACACGUCGGGCACUACCGGACUGCCCAAAGGAACAAUAAUGGAUCGCGCCAGGGAGAUCCGACUCACGUCGCAGAGCCCAGAACACGUCAUGCCUCUGAAGCCGGGCGAUAGAAUGUAUACAUGCCUGCCCAUGUUUCACGGCGCUGGUCAUGGUCUCUGCGUUCUUCCCUGUAUAGGUGCGGGUGCUACCGUCGUCCUUUCGCGCAAAUUCUCCCACCGGACCUUUUGGCCAGAAGUCCACAGUUCACAGGCGAAUAUCAUUCAAUAUGUUGGAGAGCUGUGUCGAUACCUGGUCAAUGCUCCUCCGACACCUUUGGAUAAGGGCCACAAUGUGACAAUAGCGUGGGGCAAUGGCAUGAGACCCGACGUGUGGGAGACGUUCCGGGAAAGGUUCGGGAUCGAAUGCAUCAAUGAGCUUUAUGCCGGGACUGAUUCCAUGGGCUUCUCCAACAUCCAAAAUAGAGGAGACUUUUCUCGCAGCACCAUUGGCGUGCGAGGAAAGCUGUGGCACUGGUGGAAUGGAUACAGGGAGAAGAGAGUGCUGGUUGAUCCCGACACGCAAGAGAUUCUGCGCGGCAAGGACGGAUUGGCAAUCGAGGCCAAGGCAGGAGAGGCGGGCGAAAUGAUUCAUCAGCUUGAUGCCCAGAACCCCGACGCUGGUUCUCCGACAUACUUUGGCAACCAUGGUGCUUCAGUAAAGCGCCGAGUGGCCGACGUAUUCCAAAAGGGCGAUCUAUGGUUUCGGUCUGGUGACCUGAUGCGCCUCGACGUGGAUGGCAGACUCUACUUUGUGGAUCGCCUUGGUGACACUUACCGGUGGAAGUCAGAAAACGUUUCGACAAAUGAAGUCAGUGACGUCGUUGGAGAGUUCCCCCAGGUGGCCGAGACUAAUGUCUAUGGCGUCCUGGUGCCCAACACAGACGGCCGAGCUGGCUGCGCAGCCGUGGUGGUGCGUGAAGGACUGGAGCAGCUUGACUUUGCGGCUUUGGCCGAACACUGUUUGGCGCGACUACCGCGGUACGCUGUGCCAGUUUUCUUGAGGGUUUGUCGAGAGCUUGAGUACACUGGUACCAUGAAGCUACAAAAGGGUCGCCUGAGAUCAGAAGGUGUCGAUCUGGACGUGAUAGAAAAGGCUGCCCAGGAUAAGAAGGAGGCCAUUGACUCAAUGUAUUGGUUAUCCCCCAACGGAAGGGAGUACGUGCCAUUUCGGAGGAAAGAUCUUCAGCAACUCCGAGGUGGCUCCGUUAGGUUAUAG